AUGGGAUAAAAUGAAAUAGUCCUUUCUAAUGGCAAUAAAAUGCCAACUUUUGGUUUAGGUACUUACAAAACAUAAAAUGAGCAAGAAAUGACUAACCUAAUUCGUACUGCUUUAGAUAUUGGUUAUAGAUACAUAGACACUGCUAGAUACUAUGAAAAUGAGCACAUGAUUGGUGCUGCUUUAUAGACUAUCUUUAAAGAAGGAAAAUACAAAAGAGAAGAUAUUUUCUUAGUGACUAAAUAAUUCCCUGAUAAAGGAGUUAAAUGCUCAGAAGUGUUUAAAUAAUAGCUAAAGGAUCUGUAAGUAGAUUAUGUAGAUUUACUAUUAAUUCAUUUUCCUUUCAAUCCCCCUAGUGAUGAUUAUAAACAAUGGAAUCAUAAACCUGUGCACUAAAUAUGGGCUGAAUUUGAAGAAAUACAUCGUUUAGGCUUAGUCAAAGGCUUAGGGGUUUCUAAUUUCAAUUGCCAAAUGGUCAUUGAUCUAUUAGUAUAUUGUAAAGUUAGACCUGUUGUGAACUAAAUAGAGCUUCACAUAUUCAAUUAACAAACAAAUUUCGUUGAAUUUUUAAAGAAAAUUAACGUAUACCCUGUCGGAUAUAGUCCUAUGGCUAAGUACAAUGAGGUUAUUAAUAACUAGACUGUGUAGAAUAUAGCUAAAAAGUAUAAUGCUACAGUAGCUCAAGUUUUAAUUUCUUUCAUGGUUCAACAAGGAGUAGUUGUUAUUCCUAAAACUGAAAAACCAGAACGUUUAAAGCCUAACUUUGAAUCACAAAAGCUAGUUUUUAGUAACGAGGAUUUGAUUACUCUUAAAAAUUUGAAUACAAACACUAGGAUUGUUGAUUUCUAGCUCUACCCUGAAUUCUUUAAAGGAAUCCCUUUCUAUGAAUGA